AUGACGGGGCGGGCGAGCGCGGAGUGGCAGGCGAGCGUGCAGCUGGCCGGCAAGCUGGCGCUCUCGGCCGCGGCGCUGCUGCUGCUGGCGCUGGCGUAUCGCUUCUGCAAGCCGCCACGGGCCGGCGCGAGCGGCCGGCGCCGAGGGCGCGGGGAGCCCCGUGGAAAGGCCCUGCAGGAUGAGGCCGGCGCUGGGGAGGCGCCGCCGGGGCCGCGGCGCAGGCGGAUGGCGGCCGAGCGGGACGGCGGCCAGGCGGGACGGGGUGCGCGGGCAGAGCGAAGGCUGCCGGCGGCUGAGGAGGAGGAAGGAGCGCGGGGCGGGCGGCCGCCCGGCCAAGCGGUUGGGCUGGCAGCGGCUGUGUGGAGCGAGCCUGGGUCAUCCGGCGUCGCUGAGCAGGACACGGACACGCACGAAUCCCCCUGCCCCGGCGGCAGGCUUGGGACGGGAAUGCCAUCUGCCUGCACGGGCAGUGAUGGAUGUGCCCAAAGUGCCGAGGAGGAUUUGCCCGGGCACUGGCAGCCGGUGCGGGCGAACAGGGAAGGGACACAGACCUGCAGUGUCACCUCAAACCUGGAGCUCACCAUGCGGGCGCGAGACGCAGCCUCCGACACCUCCUACUCCUUCUCCUCGGUUGCGAAGAUCCAAGUGGAGGAGAGCUACAUCCCCAAGAGGCAGGUCAAGGCCGGUGCCGGGCAGGYAGCCCUUGGACUCAAGGGGAAAGUCUACGACUACUUCGUCCAAUCAACCUCCCAGUCGGUUUCCAAGAGGAGGUCUCACCCCUACAUCCAACAGGGAAUCACCCCACUCCCAAAUACGGAGCAGGUCACCCCAGAGCAACAGGGCAAGGAGACGCAGCUCAACACGCAACAUUCCCAAGCAGCAGCAUUGGAUUCGGAAUCGCUGGACCACAGGAGAGCAUCGGARCCCCCAGCUGACCGCCCUGCCUCUCCCAUCCUCCCCGCACCGGUGGGAAGCUCCGUGGUUUCCUACAGGGAAGGGGCAGGAAUGGGGACGGACCCACCAGAACCCUCCGGACACAAGGGCAGCAUUCUCCACAUCGUGGAGAAUCCCCAGCUGCAGGUGCCUAUGGGUGGCCUGGAGGUGGUGGCAGCCUCCGGCAUGCCAGCGAGCCCCCAGCCCCCAGCCCCACGGCUCCAACCCCGGCUCGUGGCCAGCGCCAGCUUCUUCCAAAAGUCACCAGCCUUGGGGCCCGGCUCAGACAUCCACCUGGACCUGGGCAAUUGCUAUGAGGUCCUCUGCAUGGCCAAGGCACAGAGGCUGGGCCAUCUCCAGGAGGCUGCCUACAAAGUCAUGAGCGACAACUACCUGCAGGUGCUGAAGAGCCCUUCCAUCUACGGUGGCCUCAACGCCGGCGAGAGAGAGCUCAUCCUCCAGCAGAGGAUGAAGGGCAAGAAACGCGUGGCCGUGGCAGACAUCAGCACCCCAGAGCCGGGCCUCCACACCAGCAGGCUCUGCUACUACGACGACGCAGGUGACCGCUGGCAUCACCUGUGCCACGUGCCGCCCGAGGCGGCGUCCCGCGGCAGCGCCGCGUGCAGCAUGUUCAACUACCUCUUUGUGGUGGCCGGCUGCUCCAAGCGCGUCUUCUGCUACAACCCGCUGACCAACAUCUGGCGGGAGAUCUGCCCCUUGAACCAAGCGCGGCCCCACUGCAAGCUGGUGGCCCUGGACGGCUGUCUCUACGCCAUCGGCGGCGAGUGUCUCUCCACCGUGGAGCGCUACGACCCGCGGCAGGACCGCUGGGCCUUCGCUGCCCCCCUGCCCAGCGACACCUUCGCUGUGGCCCACACGGCCACCGUGUGCGACGGGGAGGUCUACGUGACCGGGGGCACCUCGCGCUACCUGCUGCUCCGCUACGCUGCCUGCUCCGACACCUGGAAGGUGGGCCCGGCCGGCGGCAGCAAGGACCGGACCGCCGAGAUGGUCGCCGCCGACGGCUUCGUCUACCGCUUCGACCUCAACCGCAACAUGGGCAUCGGCGUCUACCGCUGCAGCRCCAAGGCCAAGCUGUGGUACGAGUGUGCCACCUACGCCAUGCCCUACCCCGCGUGCUUCCAGUGCGUGGCCGUGGGGCACCUGGUGCACUGCCUGGGCCGCCACUUCCACCUCCGCUUCCUGGCUGACAACGUCUCGCCCCGCUUCGGGGCCAAGGAGCUGCAGCCCUUCCCUGCGCCCCGUGGCAGCCUCCUGCCCGCCGUCCUGGUGCUGCCGGAGCCCCCCGGGGCGCAGACGCAGGUUUGA